AUGGCCGAGGGUGAUUCCACCUAUUGCCCAGCACCAACUUCAACUACAACAUCAAGUUCGUCAACACCUACAAGUACGACGUCUACUUAUGGAGCAUGUAAUGUACCUACCAGCGCACUUGAAGUUGGAUUCCUAUACACUGAGGGGACAUUAGAUGGCUCCUCUGUUGUACAAUAUGAAGGUUACAUUGGUCCUAUACCAGCAGAUGGAACAUACCUUUUAUUGUCCAUUACAGGCCUGGAAACUUCGUACGUGUACUUUGGAGAUGGGGUGGCAUUUCCAUGCUGUUCGAUUGAUCGCCUGACUCCUCUGACCGUCAAUCAAGAUUACUUGUUUAAAGUAGAACCAAAUAGUUCUGAUUAUGUAGCACUUGACUUGAAGGCAAAGCAAUACUAUCCAGUACGGGCCUUGCAAUUGUUCCCACCGGGUUCCACAGCAAAGAAUUCUAUUGGUUUAGUGAAUCCCGCCGCCGGUGGUUCCCAGAUUCCAGUUGUUUACUUGAAAACAGAAGGCUCGUAUUGUCCCGUAUUUGAGCCAAGUUCUAGCUCUACUACGGCCACCUCCUCAACUUCUAUGAUCAUGAGCUCUUCGGUAAAUACCCCUUCAAUUUCAACCUCAAACGUUCAAUCAUCCACUAAUUCUGUGACAAUUACUAUUAGUUCUACGUCAACUACUCAAUCUUCAGUAUCAUCAAGUAGUUCAAAGAUUUCUUCACCACAACCAUCAUCUACGGACACUCUCUCUACAAUAUCUUCUAUACUAUCUUCCUUGCUGGCUACGUCCUCAAGGACAAGCUCCACCACAACAAAGUCAUCAUCCAUGCCACUGUCUACCUCCGACAUCGUGUUAUCAUCGUCAUCAAUAAUUCCUAGUAGCCCAUUUACCAUUAGUACAAGCUCAACAAUUUCCAACUCAGAUUCUACCAGUUCUGUAUCUUUUGACUCAAUAACCACUAGCUCUGUGCGAACCAGCUCAGCACCAAAUAGCUCAGCACCAUCUGGCUCUAUACCAACUAGCUCAGUAUCAACAAGUUCUGUAACAACUAGCUCUGUUCCAUCUGUUUUACCUACUGCAAUUCCAGGAGGCUGUAAUUUGGGUGACACCAUGAAGGCUUUCGUACCAAUUCGGUUGCCGUCUUCAGUAUUCUACAAUGGAUAUUAUUUGGCACCCAUCGACGGCUAUUACACAAUAACACUCAGUAGUACUUUUGGAGAAGGGUUCUUUUAUGUUGGAAAUGGCAAGGCCUUCAAUUGUUGCAUGGAUCCUUCUGUAAGUGCAGACAAUUAUUUAAUAGCUACCAGUGACCAUUCUUCUGGACAGGCAGUGGUUUAUUUUACCGGCGGUCAAUAUUAUCCAGUAAAGUUGUCAAUAUCUCCUGCAGAUGUUGUAGAUGUGGUCAUCAAAGGACCAGAUGGUUCUGAAGUUCAGCUACUGGAUGUUUCAGUCUGGCAGACCGCGGAAGCCGGAUACUGCCCUCCAGCAACAACUCCUGUGAGAUCCAGCUCAGUGCCAACCAGCUCAGUGCCAACCAGUUCUGUUCCAUCUGUUUUACCUACUGCGAUUCCAGGAGGUUGCAACUUGGGUGGCACUACACAGAACUUUCUAACUAUUCCCGACUUUCAGCUGUCUACAAAAUUGUAUAAUGGAUAUUAUUUGGCACCCGUAAGCGGCUAUUAUACUAUAACAUUCAGUACUACAAUUGGAAGUGGACACUUUUAUGUUGGAAAUGGGGUGGCCAUUAACUGUUGCAUGGAUCCAUUGAUAUUCAAAGACGGUUAUUUAAUUGCUACCAGUGAUCAUUCGUCUGGACAGGGAGUUGUUUAUUUUACUGGUGGUCAAUAUUAUCCAGUACGAGUGGCAAUUUCUUUUGACGACGUUGUCGAUGUGGUUAUUGAAGAGCCAAACGGUUCUGAAGUGCAGUUACUGGAUGUUGUACUCUGGCCAACUGCGGAAGCCGGAUACUGCCCUCCAGCAACAACACCUAUAACAUCCAGUUACGCACCAACUAGUUCAGUGCCAACUAGCUCAGUACCAACUAGCUCAGUUCCAACUAGCUAA